CGGCUCUGAACCCGUUCGACCAUCGCGGCGACCCUCGUCGUCGUCCCCGCCGCCGUUCCCCUCACCGCCAUCGACGUUGAGCACGGGUAUUCUUGUCGUCGUCAUCGCACCCCUCGUCCCUCGCAUCCUGUUCGCCACCGGUUUCUGCAACGUGUUCAUUCGUAUGUCUAUGAGCUAAGAAUUGGACCUUUGCGUGCGCUCUGGAAGGAAAGGGAACAGGGACAGGCAGGAUCGCAGGCUAUCGCCCGACAUCUCUUGAUUCUGACGACCAUCGACGACGAGCAAUAUCAUGUCCCUCAUGUUCCAGGAGACGUCCGCGGAGAGCUUUGAGGAGAGCCUUAUGGCUGGGGGAUAUGGGCGCUACAAAACCGCCGAGUGGCGCCCGGCACCGCUCUCCCCCGUCGGACCACCAGCUUCCCCCCACAAAAACGGGCAAGAAUCUUCCCCUCGGCCGCCCCCGCCACGCAUACAUCCUGCCUCCCCGCUCACGUAUCAGUAUGGCCGACCGUCGCCCGGGCAGUCCUUCUCCCUUCAACCGGCAACGAGUAUAUUCUCGCAGCAAUCGACGGCCGGACCGUUCAACUUCGCCAGCACUUCGACUGCGCCCUCGACGUAUCCGACGCCGACGUCAUUGCUGG